UCUGUGGUUCCGUGCUGUAGGACGCGGAGGCACCCGGGCCCAUUCAAAGAGGUUCCGAGUGGGCGUGCUGCUGCUUGAGCGAGCAGGUUUCAUGAGUCAGUGUGGGCUGCUGGGUGUUUCUUCUGAAGAUGUACAUGUUGGUUGAAAACCGUACAAGUUCCCAUCUCCAUCUGAAGAGGUCACCUGGUGUUCGAUCUUGGUCUCUCUUUGUUGGAAUAGCCUCUGUAGGUUUGGCUGCUGCUUACUAUAGUGCAGAUAGCUUGGCAUGGAAACUCUUCUAUAUGGCUGGGUGUUUCUUUGUGGCAGCACAGAAUCUGGAGCAAUGGGAGGAAGCUGUAUUUGAUAAGAACAAGGGAACAAUUUGCCUGAAAACAUUCAAUCUUUACAAAAAGUUACUGACUUUCUCAAAAGGAGGCAAUGAGCAAGUGGUGGCUCUGCUGACUGAGAUCCAAGAUGUGAAGGUGGAGGAAGAGACCGUGCGGUACUUUGGGAAGGGUUUCCUGGUUGUGCUGCUGUUUGUCACUGGCUUUUCACACCCACUGACUCAGAGUGCAGUGCUGGGCUGUAGAAGUGAUGUAGAAGCAAUUGCCAAACUUAUUACUAGCUUUCUGGGACUGAACAGAAUAGAGAACCAACAAGACUUCUCUCAGAGCAGUGAUACAGAGGCUAGUGAUGUGGAUGAUCCACAGGAGUAAUGUUGAGACAUCAUGAACUGAAGAAAGCUGAAGCUUUCACACAUCUGGAAGAUGCACUGAAUUCUUCUGGAAAAGAAACCCUUCACAAUCCUCACCUGGGCAUUUCUUCACAUGUGCAUUUACAACAAGGGGAAUCUGUCUUGGGGCACCUGUUUUUUUGUGCUGAACUGCUUUGGAAUCCAUGUAGAGUCCAAAGCAAAUCCUAUUUUAUUUGCUCUUUUGAUCUAGCUCCUGCAUAUGGAUGUUGCUGUCUUUCUAACAUUGUCAGCUCAUCAGGCUUGUCUAGGAAAAGUUACAUAUUAAUGAAUUGGCUUGAAAUGAUUUACAUGCUUUCCCAUUAAUGAAGCGGAGAUAUACAUCUAAACUUUCACUUAUUGCAAACACCUGCUGCAGGUACAGUAUAUGAAAUGUGGAAGAGAUGAUUUUUUUCUCAACACAGUGCUUUGAGAUGUUCCUUAUAAUGUUAUAAGAGACUGAAUAUAUUGCUAAAUUGGUUCUAAGCAGUUUAAUAUAUGCAACUAGGUGAUGUAGGGUAGUGGCACUUUUAUAUUCUCUAAUGCUGAUUUGCCAGCAGGAAAUGUCAGGCUGAUAGACCUUUGUUACAUUGUCUUACUUCCGUGGGGUUUGCCAGGAGCCAUAUUAGUGAACAAAAAAAGAACAUGUUGAUGUUCCAACAUCUUUGGGAAGCUGUAGCUUAAUCUGGUUCUGAGUAUAGAAUAUCCCCAAACAGAAUAGCCUUUUACUAGACCUAAAUAUUUAUUAUUUAACUGUGUUUUUCUAAGAGAAAAACACGUUUGUUACUGUAGGUAGGGAAAAGACUGUCAAACAAUGUGGCAGCCUGGAUUUGCUUUUCUCAAAAUGAUGCUGAAGUGCAGAAUAAUUACUUUUUUAAAGAUAGUUGGAAUAGAUCCAGUGUUUGACUUGCAUCCAUGUUUUACUCCAGGUGUGAGUAGAACCCCUGUUCCAACCAAUGGUUUUGCAAAUGGUUAAAAUUUGAAAUUUGCAAAAUGUUUUUUGAAGUAAAAGCUACCUCUGAUACUAAACAUGUUCUGCUUAAAACUAAAACUUUAUCAGGUCUAUAGUAACUUUUCAGUUGACAUUAAAGUUACAUAGAGCUGUAAGUUCCUUCAACAUGCUAACACUCAUAUUGAAGUUCACUAGGUUUUACUUGGGAAUUAGAUGGUGUUAAGGCCUGAAUUGACAUUUGGCAGGCAGUAAAUGUCUUCAGGACUGAAAAGAACCUGCAUUCUUGUUUCAAAGCACUCUACCUCUACAGAAGAGAAAUCUCUGAAAAGUUUUCAGCCUAAGCUGUGCCUGGUUGUGUUUCACCUAUAUGUGAAACUAAGCACAUACUUAUCUGACCAAAGAACAGAUUGCACCAAGAUUACACUUGCAGCUAUUUAGACCUAGUGUGAGCUGUGAGAAAAAUGCACUCUUACUGUCAGUUUGAAAGGGAAAGUGAACUAACAGGGAGAUAGAUACAUGGUGGUGCAGCUUGACUGCAGCAUUUAAGUGGGUUUAUUUCUAUUAAAUAGGAAAAACUUCUAAUCAGAUCAGGUACCAAAGAUGACCUCUGUAAGCAGGCAUUCUUGUCAAGUUGGUGGUUAAUCAUGUGGCUUUCACAUUCCACUCCACAUCACAGCAAUUGGGAAACUGCAAUGUAGGAAACACUGGGUUGUACCAAACUGUUUGAAAAUUAGGUUGCAGGCAUUUUGCUAAACUUGGCCUUUAUUCUAAAUACAGCUGUUAGCCAAGAAAAAUUAUAAACCCUGUAUAAAAAAAUAUUGCAGGACAUAACACUUUGAAGAGGUCUUCAUUUAAAUCCACUCUAGUAUAUACCCUAGGUAACACAUCUUGGAGAUAAGAGAAUGAAAUUGCGGAUUUGUAGUAUUCUUUUUUCCCCACCAUGUAAAAUGGGAAUUUCUAAGGACUUCCAGGAGGAAAUACUGAGAAAAAAGAGUAUUUAAUGUUAUAAUGUAAACAAAGAGGCUUACUCUGCAGGUAACUGCUGCUUUGUAGCAAGGAUACAUGGAGGGAUACACAUUAUGGACAUGAAUUGCACUUAAUAUUCUGAGCCCACAGAUUUGACCAUGGAUGUAACGGACAAAACUGCCUGCAUUCCAUCUUGGCUCCACUGUGUUUCUUUUGUAUUGCCAUGAGACCUCACAUUCCAUGGAAGGUACAAACCAUGCUGUGGGUUUCCAGUUCAAAAUCAGCUUUAGAAAUGUAUGCCUGUGGAUCUAACCCCACCCUGCAUCCUGUGCCCUGCUUCUGCUGAGCUCUUUUCUGCAUCUAGCUUGCUGCAUGUUGUUCAUGUUAGUUAUAUGUACUUAUGGACUAUGCAAUAUCAUUGUACAAAGACUAAAACAAUGUCAGGAAGAUUUAUAAUUCCUAGAAAGGGGAGUGACCUCUAGGAAGUUAUAACAUAGCUUGAAAUACAUUCUGUGGAGAAAGUUGCUUUCUGAGUUGAUAUCCAAUGAUCCUCAUGCCUUGCUAUCCUACUGCUGAUGGGCUGGAGAGGAAUGGCUGCAGGUAGGCACUGUGUGUAUAGGAGGAAUUAUUUUGACUCCUCAGCCUUCCCCAGCGGAUGGGAACCAAGUAAAUUUUUCAGAUACUGUGGGUUCUGCCUGUGGGCCAUGUCAGGCACUGCUGAUAUGUGGUGUAUAAAAACUUACUUUCAUACUUGGAAGUCAUAGCCAGAUUUUCAUAUUUUGCAGGAAAUGCAUGGAAAAUAAAUUUGCCAAUUGCUGUUAACAUGGAUUUGGUUAUGGCAGUGGCUGUGGCCUCCUCAACAAUGGGAUGGAGCUUGAAGGAACUGUUUAGAACAGCAGAUGCUAACUUGGGACAGGUUCUGGUCUUCCCUCUUUGCACCAGUCCUCUCUCUGAUCACCUUUUCUUGCCACUUUUCACCAUUUUGAAGGCUUUUUGGGAUAAUUUUCUUCACUUUUCUUGGGUCGAGCACAGCAGAAGGGCUAGUAAAUGGAGCCUUACCUGUGUCUCAUGUAAAGUGUCUUGUGCUAAAAGGAAUGAUGUGAAAGACUAGUUUUGUUUAGGAAAUUAGAUACUGCUAGAAGAGUACUACAGGACUGUCAAUGUUUCUGCAUCUUGGACUGUCUGGUAACUUGAGACUAGACAGCUGUGGUUUGACUUACAAAUUACUUGAAAACGUACAGCCCUUAGGUUAGAUCUAACCCCCUGUCCCAUAAGGCUUACACUUUCUAUUGUGUCCUUUAAUAUAACUGCAUCUAAAGUGCCAUUUGGCAGAAGUUUCAGCUUAAACUUGAGCAGCACAUUUGUGUUAUUUGCAUGUAUGUGGUUGGAUGGGAUCACAGCCUUGUUACUGAACAAAACACUGAGGCUGCAUGUUGUACAAAGGGAGAAAGUUGCAUAAUCUAAGCUGUAAUGUAAUAUUCUGGUAUUUCACAGAAUGGGAUAUUUCAGUAAGGGGGGUGAGUUGUGCAAGUCUCAAAGAAAAUCCAAAUAUUUAUCCCAUGUAUUUGAGAUCUGACCCUUGUGCUAUAUUUGAAUUUACACAGAUACCAAGAACUAAGCUGGCUUACAUAGUAUAGAGUGCUAGUUCUGACACUGUAGUAGAUAGCUGAGAGGCAAAAAUACUUCUGGAAGAUGUUUAGAAAUUGCUUUUCUACUUUAAAAUGCCAGUGGCAUUUCAGUGAGGCCUUGUAUAUUGUCUUUUCUAUAGAAAUGUCCAUGGAUAGAAUCAACUUUGAUAACUUGUUUUGUUUC